UGAUAUUCUAGUAGCYCKCGCAGUUUUAUAUUCAAUUCACAUUUCAAAGUUCUGUCCUCGAUUAGACAGGUGAUGAUGGCUUUGACUCAUUAGAGAGCUCUCUUAAAUUAAGAAGAAUUCUUAAGCCACCAACCAAUCAGCGAUAAAYAGCGUUUAUACGAACCGACCAUGUCAUAGCCGGAGUAUAUGUUAUUGCAACAACGUUCACGGAACCAAAUCGYSAGCGAGCUAGAUUGAAACUAGCAAAACAUGUCCGCAAAUAACUCAAGUAACACCGAUGCGAGUCAACACAAUCCGUGGGAYGAUGCAAUAUGGAUUCUUACUUGUUCUUUUAUAAUUUUCACGAUGCAGUCAGGUUUUGGUCUUCUUGAGUCUGGUAUGGUCUCAAGGAAGCACGAAAUUAACAUUCUUGUCAAGAAUAUUGCAGAUGUUUURUUCGGAGGGCUAGCGUUUUGGAUGUUCGGCUACGCGUUUAGUUUUGGCAACAAACCRGGCGCYAACAUGUUUAUAGGUUUUGGGGAUUUUUUCGUCGAUGCGGAUGGCGAUGAAAUGGGAUGGGUAUACUCUAGAUUCUUUUUCCAAGCUUCGUUUUCCACAACUGCGACUACAAUAGUAUCGGGAUCGAUGGCAGAACGAGUUAAACUUGAGGCUUACUGCCUUUUUUCUUUCCUAAAUACAAUUAUUUUCUGUAUGCCGGCUCAYUGGCUGUGGUCAGAGGUUGGCUGGCUGCGGGCGAUCGGUGCGUAUGAUGCAGCGGGAGCCUGUACUGUUCAUCUUGUUGGAGGUGUCACGGGMCUUGUCGCCACCAUGAUCCUUAAGCCACGGUCCGGGCGUUUUGAGGAUGAUGAUGCUGAUUUGGGACAAAUGGGGGCUCCUUCUACUGCUAUUCUUGGACUCUUCAUGCUUUGGUGGGGCUGGCUUGCKUUAAACUGCGGAAGCACAUUCGGUGUCACWGAUGGAAAGUGGAAGAUCGCUGCCAGGGCUGCAGUCAUGACCAUUAACGCUUCCGUAGGAGGAGGAAUAACGGCUAUUUUAUUGAGUUAUUUUACCAAGCAGCGAAAAUUCGACGUGAAAUUCUUAAUACGUGGAGUUCUUGGUUCCCUAGUAAGCAUUUCAGGAAUAUGUGGCUAUGCACAUCCUUGGGAAGCGAUCAUAAUUGGUGCCCUGGGUGCUCUCAUCGCGUGCUAUAGUGUUCCUUUUCUAGAGCACCUCCACAUCGACGACCCWGUGGGAAGUGUYUCGAUUCAUUUAUUCCCAGCGAUAUGGGGAAUGAUAGCAACAGGACUAUUCCUCAARGCAAACACGAUUGUCACGAUGCACAAAGGGGGUAUUUUCUCGACAGGAACGUUUAAAUUCCUAGGAGUACAGAUACUUGCAACGCUAGUCACAUCGGUUUGGUGCGCAAUCAUGGCAUUCAUUAUACUGUUCAUCAUCAGUAAGACAAUAGGACUCCGGGUUUCUUACCAGGAGGAAGUCUUGGGGGCRGAUAUCGUAGAGCACUCCUUAGGGGGGUACUCUAAGGCACGUAGGGGUGGGGUGUCCCAGGCUGCCUCSAAUAAYAUACAUAGUAAAAACGUUGAAGCAGAUAUCGACACCAUUAAGGAUAACCUGGAAAGACUAAGAAGACUCGCCGAUAUGCAUAUCAUGAACGAGACUGAAGACGYUAGCCAUAUWAGCCAUAGCAGAAGAGAGUCUGCWGAAGACGAUACGGGUUCUGAAUUCGAAGAACCGAUCGUUCCUCCCCCACGUGUUCGAUUUGUUUACAAUUAAAGAUACAAAGACCAUUACUAAAGAUUGCAGAAGAAAGAAAUCAACUUUCUAAGUACAUGUAUUUUAAUGAUAAAAAUAACAUGACCUUUACCAUGUGGGAACAAGGAUUUUUUGUAUUGUUACGCAUGCGUGGAGKUAUGCGACAAACGUCCUUUGCAACAUUGGCACUGAAGGUUUGAACUUCCUUGAUGAAAUUUUUGUGCAGCCUUCUAACUUGUUUYGGUCAUACAAAAUGUCUUACUAACAACCAUUUGUAUAAUUCUGUCCAAYUUUCCAUUCUGGAAAUCUGUUAUUUGUAGAUUUUAUUAGCACUGCUAAGCUGGAGUCAUUGGACAAGGCGCAAUGUUUCACUCUGUUAUCCCRGAAUGCUUUGACAAUGAAAUAAAUCUUUUUUACUAACGUU